UCUCUCCCUUGUACAAUACUUAACCAACUAACACCACUAGAGCACCAAACCUCUCCUUUUGCUGAUGAUGAUCUAAAGUUCUGGCCUUCCCCUUAAAGAAACAGAAAGCCAAAUGCAAUAAUAAGAGACAGUGAGACACACUAAAUUUCAAGUGAAAGAAAUAUGGAAAGCUUUGCUGUAAGGUAAGGAAAAUCAGUUCAGAAAAGGAGGUUGAAAAUGAGCACAGCUAGAUUCAUCAAGUGUGUUACUGUUGGAGAUGGAGCAGUGGGAAAGACCUGUAUGCUUAUCUCUUACACCAGCAACACAUUCCCAACGGAUUAUGUGCCUACUGUUUUUGAUAACUUCAGUGCAAAUGUGGUGGUUGAUGGCAGCACAGUUAACCUGGGAUUAUGGGACACUGCUGGACAGGAGGAUUACAAUAGGCUUAGGCCUUUGAGCUACAGAGGAGCAGAUGUGUUCUUGCUGGCUUUUUCCCUCCUUAGCAGAGCCAGCUAUGAAAAUAUCUCCAAAAAGUGGAUUCCUGAACUGAGACACUAUGCCCCAACUGUGCCAAUUGUUCUUGUGGGAACCAAACUUGAUUUGAGGGAAGACAGGCAGUAUUUGAUUGAUCAUCCUGGAGCCACACCUAUUACUACUGCCCAGGGAGAAGAGCUGAAGAAGGCAAUUGGUGCUGCUGUGUACCUAGAAUGCAGCUCAAAGACUCAACAGAAUGUGAAGGCUGUGUUUGAUGCUGCUAUCAAGGUUGUUUUGCAGCCACCUAAACCAAAGAAAAAACGAAAGAAGACCAGACCAUGCGUUUUCCUUUAAUUGAUGUUCAUGUUUGAUUCGCAAUCUGUAGCAUUCGGGACCUUCUUCCUAUGUUUUUUACCCUUUAUUUGAUUGCACAAAUAUGCUUUUUGAACAUAUGUAUUACACACUCUUAUCUUCUUUCCGUUUUCUUGUAUUUUUUGUUGGUGGGUCUAAGUGAUAUUUCAAUGUAUCUACUGGAACAUACAAGGAGACUGUACUCGAUCAAAGAUAAAUUUUGUGAUAAGAAAUAAUAGCAUUCAUAGUGACUUUUUUUAUUA